UGCGCUGCCAUCUUCCUAGCCAGCAAAGUUAGCACGCUGUGCUUAACGCCGGUUGAUAUGGAAGGGGAUGAGGGAGUCACGUCUCCGGAGAGCAGGUCACGGGAGCUGCUCGGUGUUGGCAGUGGCUCGGGAGGGAUAUAUAGCAAGCUGCUGAUCAACGCAAAACAUGGCGACAAAAACGGUGCUGCGCCAGCAAUUGUCAGAAUGCCUCGGAGCAGCAUCUUGAACAGAAUUCAAAACUUCCUACCUCAGAUGGCAGAGGCCAAUGAAAGUCUAAGCAAGCAAAUGGAGACGAUGCCAGCGGGAGCAUUUGACAUUGAAAACACUGACGAGGAAGAAAAGAUCAUUGAAAUGAAUGUGGCAGUGGUGGAAUUGAGUGACACUGACUCCAGUGAAGCAGAGAGCAGCUCAGAUGGAAGCUCUGACAGUGACCUCGAAGGAGAGGUGACAGAAGACAACAUCAAACUGAGGAAAGAAACCAAGAAAGGAAAAAUAGAAGUUCUAGAACAGUGAUUUCACUUUUUUGCCAGGCUGUUCUAACGGUUUAAGAGCACAUUCUCUCCUCCCUAACUGGGCUCUACAGCUCGCUGUGUUGGUUUGAUGUGAGUUGUUUAUUAUGGGAGAAUGCUUAGGUUAUUAACCACACACAGAGAACUGUACAAUCCCCCCCAACACAGAGUAUUUUACGCUGGAAUUGACUCUGCCCUCUGGGGAUCGCUGUCACUGAUUGUACUAGAAAUAUGUUUUUUGAGGUUUUACCAUUUCAGGAUAGAAAUGUCUGUGUGCUUUUCAUAAAAGUAUAUUUCAUACACCUACACUAUAUAUCGACAUGGUUAAAUGUCGAGCAAUGCCUUAAAUACAAAUCGGGGGAGGGUAACAGCAGGGUCGCCCCUAGGCAGAAGCAAGCAGGGCUUGGGCCCAGGACCGCUAUGGUGCAGCUGCUUCCCACUUUCCCUCACGCUUGGGAUCAUUCCAGGUCUGAGUAACGUGGAGUGCUGAGAUGUCAUGUCUCAGACACAAGGCCAUAUUAGAGCAACAUCGCUUUUAAUAGCUGCAUCAUAUUUCACUUUACAAGAGAAGUAAAUACAGCGAUGCAUUAAAAGUGAUCUAGAUAUUUUCCUAUUACAUCCUAUUUACAAUAGGACAACAAAGUUUAUUCCUUAAUUAGAAAUGGUACACUGAAUCUACCAAAGAAGUGUAGCAAAAUGUUUGCUGUUCCAUAUUGUAUGAUUGUAUCUGUUUGGAGCUGGAGGCAUUUGAAGUGUGAAUUUUUUUUUAUGGUUAAUGUUUGUUUUCCAUAUCCCAGACUGAGAGACGUACGCCCACUUUCCUACAUCUAACAUUUUUGCGUCUAAAGUCACCUUUAGAAACAUCUUUCCUGGCACUGUUGAUUGCUCAAACCCUUCUCAGAAAAAGUCUUUACACAUGUAGAAUUUUGCCUCUUUUAUAGUUUUCGGUGGGAACACUUGUCAUGUCCCAUAAAAGCAGACACUGAUAGUGUUUUAUCUCACUAAAUCUUCAAGGGAAAGAACAAAUGCCCCAUCUGUGUGCAAUUAAUGUCUUCUCUGUGCAACUGCAAUGCUAACUCAGGUGCAUUAAUAAAAGAUACAGAUUUUCUUCUGA